AUGAUCGCCAGGGCUGCUCUCCCGCCGCCGGGGUCUUCGCCUCACCAAGCGGCCCUGAGCGCCUACCGGUACGGUGCCGCCGCUGUUCCCGCGCCGCAGGAAAGCCCACCCGGCGGGCACACGCAGCCCCAAGGUUUCGGACCGAACGCCGCGACCGACUCGACACAGCCGUCCCAGUGGAAGACCUACCAACAGCAACACGGCCUGCAACCCGGGCGAGGUGACCAGUACCACCCCCCACAGACACGGCCGGAGGCGGCGCGCUUCGACCAGGGGCCGGCCACGCCGACUGUGGCGCCGAGCGAAUCCCGCACCGGAACGAACCGCCGUGCGGAUGCCUUGACCCCGUCGGAGGGCGGUCGCAAGAACGAGGACGAGGGGAAGAAAGAUUGUGUCAUGCCGGGAGGACAGCUCGAUGUGCCGCCGCAAGCCACGGAGAUGGGGGACAGCUCCGCCGUGGCGCCAUCACCGGUGCGGCACGCCGACGCAGCUCUCCGCCAGCAACAAGAGCGACCAGUGACUCAGGAGGAGGACCCGUUGAACCAAGGCACCCCCCUCGUCAGCCCGCCGCCGUCCGGGACGAAGGCGGAGCCUGGCACUGCGGCGGCGGCGGCGGCGGCAGCGGCCCCAUCCCCGAUUCGGGGUACGGCCGGUGACUGUGGGCAGCGGGAGGCGUACUCGAGUCUCUUCCCCCAACGCGGGCUGGGUGUCUGGCCGGAGCAUGGAUCGGCAGUGGCCCAGGUUCUCAUCGUUGGGGACCACGGCUUCGAGCCAUCGGGGCCGCUGGUCUUGCAGGCGGAGGCUGCUGUUUCCAUCGAAACGGCUACGGUCAGGCGUGGCAGCGGCAUGGUUCCUGACAGGGCUCUGUCGAUCAGCCUGGAGAUUCCCACCGUCCAUUCCCUCAAGGGCAUCUUCGAGGUAAAGAAGACGAAUGCGUCCGGAAGUCCCCUCAUGGCCGUGUUCCGCAAGCCCGGGGCUUACUGGCUGGUGGACCACCUCUCCAAAGCACGCCUCAGGGUGACGGCAACCAAGCGCCCCGAGGGGGUUGUCCAAGCGGAAGACGCCGCCGCCGCCGCCGCCGCCGCCGCCGCCGCGGCAGAGCCUCGGCCGCCGCCGCCGUCGGAGACCGGCGCGGGACGGGACUGUGACGGUGCGGCGAAGCGGCAGCUGGGGCGGGCAGGUGGGGUGCAGGCCGCCGCCGCCCCUGCUCCCUCGUCACCGGGAGUCGGCGUUGUCCCGGGCAUGACCCAGCAGAACACGAAGUCGGCUCGACCCGAGGAACCAGCUACCGGACGCCCGGAGGGGCAGGGGGCGGGGACGCACGCCGCGGUAGCCUCGAAAGGAAACGCCACGAGCCCGCCGCUCGAGAAGACGGUUGGCGGCGGUCGGACGCUGUUGUCCAUCCUUCGGGGGGCGAGUACGACUCGUCCCCAAGGCCAAGAGAGCGCUAGCACUGACCAAAGCCCGGCAGAGGGGGGUUUGCCUCUCGCCGUCGCCAUCGGCGAGCCCGCCACCGGUGGGGCUCUCCCAUCCCCAGGAAACGGCGCCGGCAGGGCUAGAGCGGGUGGUGCAGAUGGCGGGAUAGCCUUUGGCGUUGGUGGCGUUGACGGUGGCGAUGGCGGUGGUGGUGGUGGUGGUGGUGGCGGCGGCGGAGGUGCAGGGUUUUCGCUCGACAUAUCGGCGGUUUCUUUCACACCGCGCGAACCCAGCGACGAUACGAGCAAAGGCGACUCCCCCGCCGUUGUUGGAGACGCCCGCAAGCCAGCGAUGAGCCCCCGGAGCGAGUUUUAUCAGGCAGCCGUGGCCGCCAUCGACGCCAGCGGGCCCGCUCCCAAACCUCAGACUUCUACUCUGUUCCGGGCUGUAAGCGCUGCUACAGCCGGCGACGCGGCCGUGGCCAGCGCCGCUAGGAAGCCGUCGUUUGCCACCGCGAGCACUCCUCCGACCCCGCCAAUCGUGGCGAAGCCGCCCGCGGCCACGUCGGCCCUGUACGAGGCCGCUCUCGCCGCCACUACGGCAGGGUUGCCCCCAGAUGCUGGAACCUCCCGCCCUCAACUUCGCGCUGAAGCUCGCGGCACAGCGCACGGGGCGCAGACCAUCCGUCAGGGCGUGGCUCCGACUCACGGGUCUGCUCGAGGCGUCACCGCCGCCGCCGCCGCCACCACCCCGGCCAUCGCGGAUACCACCGCCCCGGAGUCCCUCACGCCGUUCAUUGUUGUUCGCGACGAGCGGAGCAUGUCAGACGCGGUCGGAAUGCUUACGGUUAGGGGGGAGAGCAACAACAAGGCUGAGGCGGGAGACGGAGGGGGGCGAGGAGGAGGAGGAGGAGGAGGAGGAGGAGGCACCGGGCGCCUCAGUAAGGCGCUGGAAGGGACUGGACCUGUGGCGGUUCGCCUUAACGGCACCAAAUUGGGGGCAUCGGAUGGCGUGAUCUCGACUAUUCAGGUCGCCACUGGAGCAGCGCCUUCGGUCUUGGUUUUCGACGUGCAAUCCCUGCUCAACACACCUCAGGGCAGACAGGUCCUCUGCACGGAGCUACGCCCGGUUCUUGAGGAUGCUGACAUCGGCAAGGAGAUGCACGACGCGCACGACCACAUUGUGGCCCUUGCUCGCCUCCUCCAAGGGCUGGGUCUACGCCCGCGCAUCAACUCCGUCAUGGACCUGCAGCUGGCGCACGAGGCGCUCUGGGGGGACGCGCUCAACAGCUUCGGGGAUGCUCUCCGUGCCUUCCAUGUGUGCCGGAACCCUCGCCGGAUGUUCUCCAUGGACGGCGAGUGUGAGGGUCCCCCGAGCGAGGAGGUCCUGCAGCUGGCGGCGGACGGCGCGGCUCGACUCAGCGAGGCCUGCCGGCUGGCCAGGGUGGCUCUGAUCGCCGCUGGGCAGCAAGAGCAGCACCGAGACCAGCGACUGAACAACGUUUUCAAAGCCUCUCAGAUGAAGGUCGACUCCGCCACGAACACCAAGCGAGAUGGCUGGCGGCGCAUGAUGUUCGUCGAUUUGGAGGACGGGAGGGCAGUGGAGGGAGACGCCAAGACUCUCGCCAGCUACGAACUCCAGAAGGCGAGCAGGGGGCUGGGCUAA